GACUUGCGCAGUCGGGGUAUGGAUGUCGAGGGUAUAUUUAGGAAAGAAGGGAACUGGAAUAGGCUGAAGAAUAUAUUUCCGGUUUAUUUUGGGUGUGUUGGAAUCCCAAAGGAGUGCACUGUGCACGACAUUUGCUCUAUGAUCAAAAGGUUCUUUCGAGAGCUGAAGACUCCGCUAUUCGCUCAUCUUGAAACAAAAUUGAUUGAUGUAAUUUUUAACGGUGAGGUACGUCGCCGUAAACUACUGGAUGCUGUGUUAAUGCUGCCUUCCAGCCAUUUGGGGACUCUGGCUUAUUUGCUGAGGCAGUUAAAAUAUGUAAGUUAUUUACAUUAUUUGAGUUUGAAUUAA